AAAAAAGGCAUGUCCAUCGCUAAGCACACCCACGUCCUGGUGUUUCCGUACCCAGCCCAGGGCCACAUGCUCCCGAUCCUGGACCUCACCCACCAGCUAGCCCUCCACGGCCUCGCCAUAACCAUCCUAAUCACACCCAAAAACCUCCCGAUCCUAACCCCACUCCUCUCAGCCCACCCCCCGACCUCCGUCAAAACCCUCCUCCUACCCUUCCCUCCUCACCCCGAAAUCCCCCCGGGCGUCGAGAACGUCAAGGACAUUGGCAACCACGGCAACCGUUACAUCAUCAACGCGCUUGCCAAACUCCAGGACCCAAUUAUCCAGUGGUUCAAGUCCCACCCCAACCCACCUGUGGCUCUCGUCUCUGAUUUCUUCCUCGGGUGGACCCUACACCUAGCCAAUCAGCUCAACAUCCCCAGAAUCGCGUUCUUCUCCUCCGGGCCGUUCGUGGCAGCCGUGCUCGACUACUGUUGGCGUAAUUUAGAGGCGGUUCGGUCGGCAUCGACGGUUGUCAAUUUUCAUGAUAUUCCGGGAUUGCCCUCUUUCAAACAGGAGCAUCUUCCCAGCGUGGUCCGCCGCUACAGAGAAUCGGAUCCCGAGUCUGAAUUCUUGAGGAUAUCCAUGCUUGCGAAUGCCGAAAGUUGGGGGUGCGUUUUCAAUAGCUUUCAAGACUUGGAAGCACACUACUUAGACCACUUGGGGGCCAAAAUGGGCCACUCACGUGUUUACGCGGUUGGCCCAUUAAGUCUGUUAUCAGCUACUGUAGUUGAUGCUGGUAACGGAGGUCGAGCCAACCCGAACUUGGACUCAUCGGGUGCCAAUGUCAUGGCCUGGCUCGACGGGUGCCCGGAUGGGUCCGUGGUUUAUGUUUGCUUUGGGAGUCAGAAGUUGCCCAAUAGGCAGCAGAUGGAGGCCUUGGCUUCCGGGCUCGAACAGAGCGGGGUCCGUUUUGUAUGGGCCGUAAAAACGGGCACGGCCCAACAAGUGGAAGAUGGGAUCGGAGUCGUGCCUGAUGGAUUUGAGGAAAGGGUUGGUGGGAGGGGUUUGGUCAUAAGGGGCUGGGCUCCACAGAUGUUGAUCUUGGGCCAUCGGGCCGUGGGUGGAUUUGUGAGCCAUUGCGGGUGGAACUCGGUGCUGGAAGCAAUAGUGGCGGGUGUGUUGGUAUUGGGGUGGCCCAUGGAAGCGGACCAGUUUGUGAAUGCAAGGCUGUUGGUGGAGGACAUGGGGGUGGCCGUGAAGGUGUGUGAAGGAGAGAAUGCGGUGCCGGAACCAGCGGAGUUGGGAAAGGCGAUUGAGGAGGCAAUGAGGGGGGAGACGCCGGUGAAGGUGAGGGCAAAGGAGCUGAGGGAGAAGGCGUUUGCGGCGGUGGGAGGCGGCGGGUGCUCUUCAAAGGAUUUGGAUGAGUUUGUGAAGGAGCUGAACCAACUUAAGGUGGGAUAGAAGUCAAGCUUGCUCACAACAUUUUAGAGGGAAAAUGAACUCCAUUGAUGCCCUUCAAGUAUUAUUAUUUGGGGUUAAUAAUUUGAUUAAUAACGUUCUUAAAUGUAAUCUAGAUUUGGUUGUGCUAAAACUAUAAGAAAUAAGAACUGAACGUUACCGUAUUAACAUGCAA